AUGAGUGAUAGAGUAUUACUAAAAGUAUACUACUUUGGUCAGAUCUUGUUACAAACGACUGAAGGAGUUAAAUUUAUUUGUGAAAAUCCACUAGAUGUUGUUAUUCCCUUUGUUAUCUCAUUUGAAGAGUUGAAAGGUGUAAUAUGUGAAAAGAUUGAUUCUGAGAGGGCAAGAAAGAUAUCGUGUAUGCUAUACAGAUAUCCCAUACCGGUGUUUGGUGGAUUCGUCCAGUAUCAAACUAAAUAUGUGACGGAUGAAGCGAGCAUGCAGGAGAUGUUUUCAAUGUAUUUUGAAAAUCGGUUCCAGAUCUCAUGGAUCGAGAUGUAUGUUGAGUUCGAACAAUCUGAGGCAGACCGGAAUAUUCUACGGGAAGAUUAUAAUAGUGACAGUGAGGAAGAGUUCGAAAGCAACUAUGAAUUUGUUGCUCCAAAUGGAGAUGAAGAUGAAGGUGACGCACCCAUGGCCCCAGAUGUCACGGAAGUGGCAAAUGCACUCGGGAACGAAGUUCCGUUUGAGGAGCCAUCCUUCAUGCGAAUUUUAGAUCUGGAAGCCAUGCAUGUUCCAGAAUUUCCAGAAUAUAUGACUGCAGCAGAAAUUCCUAUUGUGGAAGACGGUGAAUUUGGCAUAGGUAUGGAGUUCAGUUCAAGAGAAGCUGUUAUUAAGGCGGUAAAAGACUAUAACAUACGACGAAGCGUAGACUACCGGGUGUUUGAGUCUGAGCCGUUGACAUUUUAUGCCAAGUGUACACAAUAUGGGUCAGGGUGUGAUUGGCUUAUUAGGGUUAGCUUGAUCAGCAGGAGGUACUGUUGGGUUAUAAGGAGGUAUAAUGGUAGUCACACAUGUACUAGAGCCACCAUUUCACAGGAUCAUUCGAAGCUGGAUUCUAUCACAAUUGCAGAAGUAAUUAAGCCACUGGUUGAGGCGGACCCAGCAUUGAAGGUAAAAUCGGUUAUAGCUGAAGUCCAAUCGAAGUUCAACUACACCGUCAGUUACCGGAAAGCAUGGUUGGCUAAGCAAAAAGCAGUUGAAAAAAUAUUUGGUGGUUGGGAGGCAUCUUAUGAAGCGUUGCCAAUAUGGUUUGAGACCAUGUGUCACAAGGAGCCAUCAACUGUUGUCUAUUUUGAGACUAUGCCUGCAUAUCAAGGGGAUGAGUUGGUGGGUGAUAUUCGGGUGGAUGGGACGCACUUAUACGGAAAGUAUAAGGGUUGUUUGCUUGUGGCAGUUUCACAAGAUGGCAACAACAAUAUCGUCCCAAUUGCAUUUGCUAUUGUGGAGGGAGAGACCUCUGAUGCAUGGCAUUUUUUCCUUAGCAACCUUCGUCAACAUGUUGUAACUCGUGAUGGUGUGGGACUAAUAUCCGACAGGCACGAAUCCAUAAAUGCGGCUGUGGAACGCAGAUAUUUUAGGACGGUGCGAGAGUAUGAGGUGCGUUACGAGCGGUUACGGGAACGUGGUGAGGCGUACACAAACUGGUUAAACCGAAUUCCUCGCGAGCAGUACGCAUUGGCCUUCGAUGGUGGGUAUCGAUGGGGGCACAUGAAAACGAAUCUUGUGGAGUGCAUUAAUUCAGUUUUGAAGGGUGCACGCAAUCUCCCCAUAACUGCUCUUGUGAAGGCAACAUUCUACAGGCUAAAUGAGUUAUUCACCCGAAAAAGAGCGGAGGCGGAAGCAAGGAUCAAUGCUGGGCAUGUGUUCUCUGAAAUCGUGACCUCCAAGUUGCAUGCAAACCAACUUGCAUCAGGAAAUAUUCAGGUUAGUUGCUUUGACCGCCAGAAUGAGGUCUUUGAGGUUUGGGAGAUGCCAAGUGAAAUGGAGUUUGCAGUCGAUCUACGUGGCCUACGAUGUGACUGUGGUGAGUUCCAGGUGGACAGGAUCCCCUGCAGACAUGUAUUCGCAUGUUGUGCCAACCAGCGACUGGAUUGGCAAAUGUAUGUACAUGAUGUGUAUAAGAUGGACCAAGUGCGGCGGGUGUACCGAGCAAGGUUUAGGCCACUGGGUAAUCCUGCUACAUGGCCUGCUUACAUAGGACCUAGGUUCAUUCCGAAUCCGUACCUAAGACGGGUGACGAAGGGUCGCCCAAGGAUGACGCGUUUUCUGAAUGAGAUGGACACGCGGAUGUUACGUCGUCCUAGGAGAUGUACUUUAUGUGGGGCUGAAGGACAUAGUCGUAGUAGAUGCCGUCAGACAGGUGCUACGAAUACCAACAGAGGUGCCCCCUAG